AUGAAGCUGUUUCUGGUUCUCAUUAUUUUGCUGUUUGAGGUGCCCACAGAUGCCACACAACUCCAAAAAUGCUAUGGUAAUGUAGCAGGCUACUGCAGGAAAAAAUGCAGAGUGGGAGAAAUACAGGAAAUGUUAUGUCUAAAUAAGAAAUUAUGUUGUAUUAAUGAAGAAGAAAACAAAAAUUACCAGAAGAAGGAAGAGUUACUUCAGCUUUCACUGAAGAAUAAUCAGAAGUGGGACUAUUCCAUUUUACCCACCGUUACAUUUGUUACAAUCCAACUAUAG